CUUUAGUUGAGUUUGUGACAGCACGCGUAGUGGUUGACCGGCAGUUUUGGAUCCGCAAAUAUAUAGAGUAAAGAAAACCCUAAGAAUUUCUUUUGUGUUAAAGUUCUACAAAAGCUACAGGAAAGCUAAAAAGGAAUUAAACUAUUCGAUCUAUAAAAAUCUAUAAAAAGAAAAUCGAUUACGUUUAUUGCAAGAUGGGGUUAAUUUUUUUUUGCUUACACAGUGCAACAUAAUAAAAAAUAAUAGGAUUACAAAUUAUUUUGUUAGAUAUUUCGAAAAUGGAAACUCAAAGCAAUGUCGCUAGCAAUGGCGAAACCCAACAACAACAACAACAACAGACACAGUCAUUGACGUCGGCAGACACAACUAAGGAACGUCCACAACGCAUUAAACGUGAAGCGAGCUGGCCUUCUGUACUAUUUUACAUACAUUUGAAUAUACUCGGACUCUAUGGAAUUUUUAUAAUGUUUACGAACGCCUCAUUCCUGACGAUUUUAUUCACCUUCACUUUGACCUUUCUGGGAAUUUUAGGUGCAACGGCUGGCGCUCAUCGCCUUUGGGCGCACCAAACAUACACAGCCAGCACGUCACUAAGAAUAUUCCUGAUGCUAUGCCAAACCAUAGCUGGACAGGGCCCAAUCUAUAGAUGGGUACAAACGCAUCGUCUACAUCAUCAGAAAUUCCGCCAAGAAGAUGAUCCCUUCCACAGCGCACACAGCUUUAUGGCCGCACAAGUGAACGCACAAAUUAUGAGUUACACACCGGAACAACAACAGUUGCUUAGUCAAGUCGAUAUGUCGGAUAUUGAACAAGAUAAAGUGGUGAUGUUUCAAAAAAAGUAUUACUGGGUACUCUACUUCUUCCUGCACGUUUUGUUGCCCGUCAAUGCACCGCUUGAGUAUUGGGGCGAUUCAAUUGCCGCGGCCACCUUUGUGGCCUUCUCGCUGCGAUAUCUCAUCGUUUUAAAUGUUUGUUGGCUUAUCAAUUCGGCACAUAUCAUUUGGGGAUUGGAUAAAAACUUCAAACCCUCCGAUUCGAAUAGUGUGUUCUUCAUAACAAAAAGCUAUUGGCCUCAAUAUCAUUAUCUGCUGCCCAACGAUUAUCAGAGCGGUGAGUUCGGCGAUUAUGGUAGCGACUUUAUAACCGCAAUGAUACGCGUGUUUGCUGCUCUCGACAUGGCAACGGAUCUGCGUACAAUAAGUUCGGUGGCCGUGCGCAAGGGUUUGACUACCGCCGUGGAGACAGGACGUCCGAUUGUCGAGUGCAUUCAGGAGCACGCAAUCGGGGAGAUGAACGAAAUGCCAAAGAAUCAUUUCUUGAAUCGCGACCGUUUUAUGUAGAGUACAUUCAAUCAAUAUUGUAUUUGAAUAUAGCAUUAUUAGUCGAAUAAUACAUUAUAUGGAAAUGAUGUCCUUCAUUUUUACGAAAGACUUUAAUAACCUUACCAAAAUUCUCUAUCUGAAAUUGCUACGAAUAAAUACCAAUCAUUAA